GAAUAAAUAAUUAAUUUAUUUAUGUGUUAAUAAUAUCUAAGUAUCUAAAUUAUAUUGAAUUGUGUGUGAGUUUAUGUGUGUUUUACUCAUGAUUGACUAGUUUAAUUUUAAUAUAACAAUCUAACAAGGUAACACAAUCCGACCGACGCGACGGAAAACAUAACAUUAACAACAAAAUUAAUUAAAUUUUAAUAUAAAUGUUUUAUGAUUUGUGAUAUUUAAACAAUAUCAAAAUGUUUAAUAAUAAUGUAUUAUCACCAACAACGACAAUUAAUAACGAUAAUGAACAACAACAACAGAAUUCAUUAUCAUUAUCACCAACUGUAGCAUCAUCAAUACAAAAUAAUAAUAAUAAUAAUAAUAAUGAUUUUCAACAAACAUCAACAUUAUCAACAACAAAAAUUACACCAACAACAACAGCAACAACAUCAUCAUCAUUAAGUGAUAAAUCAUGUACAUCACCUAAAUUAAAAGUUACAACACCACCAAUUAAUACGAAUACUGUACCAUUAUCAUCGAAUACAUCAACUGGUGCUACCAAUCAUAAUAAUACAACAUUUGGAUCAUGGUAUCAACAACAACAAUCAUUAUCAUUAUCACCACCAUCAUCUAAUCAUCAUAAUAAUUAUCAACAUCAUGCAUCAUCAUCAUCAGUUGUACAUCAACAUCAACAACAACAACAUCAUCAACAACAAUUAGCUGCUGUAGCCGCCGCACAUCAUCAUCAUCAUCAAGCAGCAGCUGUUGCAGCUGCAUUAGCAUCACAAUAUUGUAAUAAUCAACAACAAUCAACAAUUAAUAAUAAUCAUAAUCAUCAUUUAAAUUCAAUACAAAAUGAUAAUCAUCAACAUCAUCAUUUAAUGAUUGGAUCGAGUUAUCAUCAUGAUGGCAAUACAUCAUCAUCAUCAUUAUCACCACCAUCAUCAUUAAGUGUUGGAGGUGCUGCUGCUGCUUUAUGGCAUCAUCAUCAUCAUCAUCGUGGUGUUGUUUCUGCACCGCCACCACCACCACCACCAUCAUUGUUUCAUAUGAAUCAUCAUCCACAAGAAUACAUAACACCAUCACCACCUGCACCAACUGAUUAUCACAAUCAUCAUCAUCAUUAUCAAUCAUUAUCAUCACCAUAUCAUCCACAUCAUCAUCAUCAUAGUGUGAUGAAUAGUUUACAUCAUCAACAUUAUUUACAACACCAACAACAACAACAUGAUCAUCAACAAUCAAAUGAUAAUACUGAUAAUGAACAACAAUUAUCAACAACAGCAUUAUCAGUACCAACAGCAGGUGUUGGUGGUGCAAUAAUACCACCAUCACCACCAAUAACAAUAUCAAUUGGUAGUGAUUUAUCAUCACCACCACCAUCAUUAACAAUAUUACAACAACAACAACAACAACAACAUUAUCAUUAUCAACAACAACAACAACAUCAUUUAAAUAUAAAUAAUAAUGAUAAUCAUCAAUCAUCAAGUGAUGAUGAGGAUAAUGAUAAUGAUAAUGAUAAUAUACAUCAUCAUCAUCAUCAUCAUCAUAUAACAAGUAAAACAAUAAUACCACCAACAUUACAACAACAACAACAAUCAACAAUAAUAAACAACAAUAAUAAUAAUAAUAACAAUAUAAAUACAACAAUAGUUGGACGUAGAUCACCAUACGAAUGGAUGCGUAAACCAUCUUAUCACACUCAACCAAAUCCAGGUAAAACACGUACAAAAGAUAAAUAUCGUGUUGUAUAUACAGAUCAUCAACGUUUAGAAUUAGAAAAGGAAUUCCAUUAUUCACGUUACAUAACGAUUAGACGUAAAGCAGAACUAGCAGCAACAUUAGGUUUAUCAGAACGUCAAGUUAAAAUAUGGUUUCAAAAUAGACGUGCUAAAGAACGGAAACAAGUUAAAAAACGUGAAGAAUUAACAACAAAUACAACAACAACAACAACA